CUCUAAAAGGCGAGAAAUGGGCGAAUAUUGAGAAAUAACCACCUUUCACACCACGCCGGGGAUGGGACCGAAGGACCUCAAAGACUAACAGUGUCUUCCUCAAAUACAAGAAGAAAAGAGUUGAAAAAUGGCUUCUAAAAUCGUAAGGAAAGUUAUUUCCACCUCUAAGGCACCUGCGGCCAUCGGUGCUUACAGCCAAGCGGUGCAAGGAGGCAACACGCUCUACAUCUCCGGGCAGCUUGGGCUCGACCCGAAGACGCUUAACCUGGUCAGCGAAGAUGUAGUCGAGCAGACCAAGACCGCUCUCACCAACAUGGGCUAUAUUCUCGAGGCGGCCGGGUGCACGUACAAGAACGUGGUGAAGACAACAGUGCUGUUGGCUGACAUCAAUGACUUUGCAAAAGUGAAUGAAGUCUAUGCCUCGUUCUUCUCUGAGGCAGUACCAGCCCGGGCAGCUUACCAAGUUGCAAAUCUUCCAAAGGGAGGAAAAGUCGAGAUCGAAGCCAUCGCUCUAGUCGGAGAGUUGGACCAUCAGUGACUCCUGAGAAGCCAAAUUUAGUAUGAAUUAUCAUUUCUUGCUUUCUCUUUUUACGGCAGAUGUGAUUUGCAUAUGUUUGGGAGCAGCAGGCAUUUAUAUACCUUUUGUUACCGCUAUUUUUCUUCCAUAAGUUUAUCUAAGGGAGAUUUUUUCUUUUCUUUUCUUUUCUUUGUUUUAUUAAGAUUUUUUUAAAGAUAGUCGAGUACUAUGUUGUUUUUGAUUUCAGAUGUAUAUACAUGUACGUUUUAUUUACUGGUAUUGAAAUUUAUAUAUGACAGCAAUAAAUAGUGAUUCUUAUUAUAUUCA